AUGCUCUCCAGAUAUAUCCCCAAUGCUUUUAAUUUAGCUGUGGUCAUCUUCGUGGCCCUGGGUUCGACUGCUUGCAGUUAUGGCCUGGCUGUCAUCGGAUCCACAGCAGGACAACCGAGCUUUUAUAAGUCCAUGGGUUUGGCUGCAUUCGGGGAAGAUGGUUAUUCAGGAACUGCACAAUGGCUAGGCGCCUUCAAUGGCUAUUCAGGGCUUAACUCGGCAGGAGCUGCUCUCGGAGCAAUCCACAAUGCCUGGUCUGCCGACAGGUUCUCUCGAAAGCAUACCAUGCAGAUCGGGGCCAUCAUACUCAUCAUUGGCGCUGCUCUCUGUGCGGGAAGUGUGGGUAAGACGAUGUUUCUCAUUGCCAGGUUUGUAUCUGGGUGGGGUAUUGGCAUUUUGAUCAGUGUUAUACCUAUGUAUCAAUCCGAAGUGUCCACGCCUGAAACAAGAGGGUUCAUGGUUUCGAUGCACGGGAUUAUGUUCGCAGUUGGAUACGCUUUGAGUGCCUGGGUAGGAUUCGGAGUCUGGUUCAUCUCUGCCUCUGGGUCUACAUCCACAUUCCCCUGGCGCUUCCCACUGGCUUUGCAAAUCCUUCCAGCCCUUAUACUACUUAUUGGCUCACCCUGGCUACCAUACUCGCCUCGUUGGUUGAUGCAACAAGACCGAAUCGAAGAAGCAAAGGCCGUACUGUUGAAACUACACACGAGAUCUGGACAAGAGUCGGAAGACCAUACAAUGCAAGCCAACAUCGAGUUCGAACAGCUUCGGGCGCAAACCGCCUUGGACCAGGAGAUGGCUAAUCGCCGCUCACGCUGGGAAUUGAUCAAAACUCCAGGCAAUCGUAAGCGAGUCAUGAUUGCUACGAUUCUCAUGUGGGGCGAUAUGUUCAUGGGUCCCAUCUUUGUUGCGAAUUACGGGGUGAUUCUCUUCACGCAGCUGGGCUUGAAAGGCUAUGUUCCGUUGAUGUGUCUAUCAUUCCUCGUCACUGCAACAUUCCCCGGUAAUGUCAUCACAGCUUUAUACGUCGACAGGUUUGGCCGUCGCAUCUUCUUGUUGAUUGGAUGUGUCGGAAUCACGAUGUGCCUCAUGUUUGAAACUCUGCUUCAAGCACUUUACCUUCAGGGCGACAAUAUUGCUGGUCAACGUGCGGCAGUCUUCUUCAUCUUCCUUUACGCCAUCUUUUGGUCAACGUUCAUGGAUGCUACGCAGUAUCUAUAUCUGUCGGAAAUAUUCCCAACUCAUAUUCGUGGACAAGGUGUGGCUGUAGGCAUGUUUCACUAUUUCGUUGCGACGGUCAUCAUACUCGUUGUGGGUCCCAUUGCUCUGGACAAAAUUGGUUGGAAAUUCCUGUUCGUCUUCCUCAUUCCCACCGCCUGCUACACCGUCGCAGUCUACUUCCUCUUUCCCGAGACUUGCCAGCGAUCACUGGAAGAUAUAAAUGCACAGUUUGGUGAAGUAGUUGCUCUCCCCUAUUAUCACGACGAAAACGCCGAUGGAGACAAUGAGGGCAAAAAACCACAAACUACAGAGAUCGAAAUGAUAGGACGUAAAGGUGAAGAAGCUGUCAAGUCCGUCCCUUAA